AUGCAAAUUCACAAGGCAUAUUCACCAGAGUGCGGAUUCGUCCGCAAUCAAAAUUGCGGCAAUGUGCCAAUGAAAAGACAGAGCCGCUUGGGAUCAAGAACAGUUAGCAAAGAAGCAAAUUCGAAAUAUGAUACUUACGAAUCCAGAUUAGGCACAUUCGCAACAUGGCCUAAUACACAUAUAAAAAGUGAAGAAUUAGCCGAUGCAGGCUUCUACUUCAACGGAGUAAAUGAUACGGUUGUCUGUCACCAUUGUGGAAUUGCUAUGGACAAUUGGAGUCCAGGAGAAGAUCCGUGGAAUCGACAUGCAAUUUCGUCUCCUGGAUGUUGUUAUACAAUCAAAGCACGGGGUUUGGAAUAUAUUAAGAAUGUAACAGGCCAAGACUUCUACGAAACUCCUACAGAAGCACGAAUAGAAACUACAGUUGGCAAUCAUGAGAGAUCCCAUGAUGAAAAUGAAACUGACGAGAUGACUCUCGUUGAGAAAUGUGCUGCUCUGGAACAAGAAAAUCAGGAAUUGGAGGAUGCUCGAUCGUGUAAAGUUUGCAUGAGACGAGAAGCAACAAUUGCAUUCCUACCUUGCGGACAUCUCGCAACAUGUAAUUAUUGCGCCCCUGCUUUUCUGAAAUGCAUAAUUUGCCGGGAAGAAGUUAAAGCUGUAGUUCGUAUAGCUUCUGCUUAA